GUUAGACAGACGGUGGCAUCUUGAAAAUUAGGUUCAAUCUUUGAAUUAUUCGAUCAAAACCAUGGAAAAGGAGAGAAUAAAAACCGAUAGAGACCUUUCACACGACAUCUCACUUUUAUGUUUUCUCCAUAUCUCUCUCCUGUUUAAAUUUAUACAUAUUUUGCCAGAACUGAAUGCUUUGUCAAGUUUUCUUUCUGAUUGAUAGCAGAGGAGUAAAAAAGAGAGAUGUGUAACAUUUAAAACCUGAAAUGUUAGUUGAUAAAAUAAAACUCCAUUAUUUAGAUUUUUUUUUAAUCAAAAUCAAUUAUAUGCAGUUGGAUGUAUUGUUAGCAUAUACACACUGGAAAUAACUCACAUGAUUUUGUAGUGAUUUAUUUAGAACAAAUUAUGGCUCUGGUUCUGAGAAGUUGUGCUCUUUUAUUGGAGAAUUCAAUGUUGAAGCAUAGCACAUGCAUAUUUUUUGCCUUUAACAGUUUGGACUUGCCUUUUUCUGAUAUUUUUUCUUUACGUGUACAACAGACCUACUAUUGACAACAACUCAGUGAGAGUACAUUUGGUAUUGCUUUUGAGGGUGAUGUCUUUAGAUAAAACAUUUAGUGUACUUAGUGUGUGUCCUAGAUGAUAUUUAAGAAUAAUUUUUGUAAUCGAAGUAAUCGCAGAAAAAAUGUUGUGUUUCUUUUUAAGAAUUUUUUUAAAAUUUUCUUGAUAAUAUGAAACUGUGAUACAAAAGAGGGAGGAGACCCAUAUCCAAUGAUUUUUAAAAUUUUCAAAAAAUACAUUUUUGGUCCUGUGUAGCCGAACACUGGACAAUUUUCAUGACAAAUUUUAAGUCUUAAAAAAGAAAAUACCAAUUAAGAGUGUUUCCUUCAUUGAUACUUUAAAGCACUUUCAACUGCUUCUAAAAUAUUCACAAACAAACACUUUCCACACACAUGGCCAAACAUCAAGCAUAAACUCAAAGUUUUAGGACAUUGAAAAAGCACUUCAGUAAACACACUAUUAAUGCUGUUGGCUAGCUAUGUAUAGAUGAAGGGGGAAACAGAAAGUAUGUUUGGCUGAAAACCAGGACCAGGAGGGUGUGGAAAGUGUGAAAGACAUUCAUGGAGAUUGAGGAGGAGAGAGCAGAUGGGAGAAGCUCUGUGGAGGCUGCAGAGAGAUCAGAAGGAAGAAGACAAAGCAAGUAUGGGGAGGCUGUCAUUUCUUCUGCUAUGUAUUUGGUUUGGGAAAAUCUCAGUGUUAUGGUUCCAAACCUCUGGAAUGGACAAAAGAGGAGGCUGCUGCUUGAUGGACUCACUGGCUAUGCCGAGCCUGGCAGAAUCAUGGCCAUUAUGGGUCCUUCUGGUUCUGGAAAAUCCACUCUUCUUGACUCAUUAGCAGGUCGACUGGCAAAAAAUGCAGUCUUGACAGGAAGCAUUCUUCUUAAUGGAAAGAAAAGAAGGCUAGAUUAUGGACUUGUGGCUUACGUGACCCAAGAGGAUACAUUGCUGGGAACUCUUACAGUUAGAGAAACCAUAGCAUAUUCAGCCAAUUUGAGGCUUCCAAGUUCUAUGGCCAAAGAAGAAGCAAAUGAUAUUGUGGAAGAAACAAUAAUGGAAAUGGGUCUCGAAGAUUGUGCAGAUGGGAUUGUUGGAAACUGGCAUUUGAGAGGCAUUAGUGGAGGAGAGAAGAAAAGACUAAGCAUUGCAUUGGAAAUCCUCACCAAACCAAGCCUCUUGUUCCUUGAUGAACCAACUAGUGGACUCGACAGUGCCGCUGCUUUCUUUGUUAUUCAAGCCCUUAGAUGCAUUGCUCAUGAUGGAAGAACUGUUAUCUCUUCGAUCCAUCAGCCCAGCAGCGAGGUUUUUGCACUCUUUGAUGAUCUUUUUCUACUUUCAGGAGGCCAAGCUGUUUACUUUGGAGAGUCAAAAAUGGCAGCUGAGUUCUUUGCAGAAGCAGGAUUUCCAUGUCCAAGGCAAAGAAAUCCUUCCGAUCACUUCCUUCGCUGUAUUAAUUCAGAUUUUGAUGCAGUCAAUAUGACAUUAAUGAGUUCUCAAAGAGAAAACCAAAAACCAACAGACCCUUUAUCAAAGUUUUCAACAGCAGAGAUGAAAGCAAGACUUGUUGAGAAAUACAGAUGCUCUGAGCAUGAAGCCAAAGUGAGAGUUAGGAUGAGAGAGUUAUCAGGCAUGGAAGGACUUUCUAUGACAACUAAGAAAUAUGGAAACCGUGCUAAAUGGUGGAAGCAACUCUCAACAUUGACUAGAAGAUCAAUGGUGAACAUGUCCAGAGAUUUGGGCUAUUACUGGAUAAGAAUUAUUAUCUAUCUACUCUUAUCCGUAUGUGUGGGCACGAUAUUUAUGAGUGUUGGUACAAGCUAUGCUGAUAUAUUUGCUAGAGGAUCUUGUGCAGCAUUUGUAUCUGGAUUUAUGACUUUCAUGUCCAUUGGAGGCUUCCCAUCAUUCAUUGAAGAGAUGAAGGUUUUUCGUAAGGAAAGGCUGAACGGGCAUUAUGGGGUUGCUGUAUACACAUUGUCAAAUUUUCUUUCUUCAUUCCCAUUCUUAACUCUCAUGUCUGUUGCUUCUGCAACUAUAGUGUUCUACAUGGUCAAAUUUGAAACUGAGUUCUCUCGUUACGUUUACAUCUGCCUUGACUUUGUCAGCUCCAUUGCAGUUGUAGAAAGCAUCAUGAUGAUUAUUGCUUCAUUGGUUCCCAACUUUUUGAUGGGUGUCAUUCUUGGAGCUGGUUACAUUGGAAUCAUGAUGAUGACUUCUGGUUACUUUAGGUUUGUGCCUGAUCUUCCCAAGGUGUUCUGGCGCUACCCAAUAUCAUAUAUAAACUAUGGUGCUUGGGGUUUACAGGGUGCAUACAAGAACGACUUGACCGGGGUGGAGUUCGAUUCUGAUGCACUAGGAGGUCCUAAAAUAAAAGGAGAAGUGAUCCUUGAAAUGUUGCUUGGAUAUCAAGCUCAUCACUCCAAAUGGUGGGAUUUAGCUGCUGUGAUAAUUAUUCUGGUCACUUGCAGGCUCCUCUUUAUUGUGAUCCUCAAGUUGAAGGAGAAGGUUUCACCUUUUCUUCAAACAAUUUACUCGAAGCAGACUCUACGACGCAUCGGUGAGGAAUCCGUGGCUAUAAGAAAGUCUAGAUUGCCACAGUUCCCUUCUAAGAGACAUCAACAACCUCUUCAUUCAUUGUCUUCUCAAGAGGGACUCAACUCCCCAAUCAAUUGAAGUGGAGCAACUGCAUUCUCAUACUAACCAUUGGAGAAACAGCUUUUUAAACUUUUACUCCAUUGAUAGGAAAGGAAACACAGACUUGGACACCUUUUAAGCUUUUAUAGUUUAUAAUGUGACAAAAACAUGAUGAAAAGUAUGUGGAGAGAAGUAUUUUUCUUUAACAAAUUGCAAAAACCAUUAGGUUUACUGUUACUCCCGAACAGCAAACCUAAUGGUUCUGGUCCUGCCAA